AUGAAAUUUCUACUCUAUCUCGGUGCACUCACCGCCACUCUCCCUUCUGUUCUCGGCUCAGAAGACAUCUCACCAAAAGCCGUCCCAGCUUGUCCUCCUCGGCCAGCCACUCCAGAAGAGCAGGAAAGAAUUUUCUACGCCUUUGCCAACGAGUUUUAUGUUCAAAAGAACAUCCCCGAAGCAUUUGACAACUACGUCUGGAUCGAUUACAUCCAACACAAUCCUUCCAUUGGACAGGGUCGAGACGCCGCCGUGACCGCCCUCUCCAAGAACCCAAAGGUUAACAACACCAUUGUGCACCAAACAUUCACCAAUAACACUGGCUUUGUACACCACUAUGAAUUUGCCACUCCUCCUAUCAAGAUCAUGGAUGCGUAUCGAAUGAACGGCAGUUGCAUUGUGGAACACUGGGAUGUUAUUGCAAACCUGACUCUUGCCGAGAUUGAUCCUACACCAUUAUCGGACUAG